GAUAGCUGCCGGAAGUUGAAACUUCCGGAAGAAGGAGCCGCCGCAGAACCGGCAGAGGGAACGAAAGCGGCCGAAGCCUUCCUGCCCUGCUCUGCGCCGGGCCGAAGCGCUGCUGGGCCGCCAUGUCUAACAUGGAGAAACACCUGUUUAAUUUGAAGUUUGCUGCAAAGGAACUCAACAGGAACUCAAAAAGAUGCGACAAAGAAGAAAAGGCUGAGAAAGCAAAGAUUAAGAAGGCCAUCCAGAAGGGGAACAUGGAAGUUGCACGAAUACAUGCAGAAAAUGCCAUCAGGCAGAAGAACCAAGCCAUUAAUUUCCUGCGCAUGAGUGCCAGGGUUGAUGCUGUGGCAGCAAGAGUUCAGACUGCAGUGACAAUGGGCAAGGUAACAAAGUCGAUGGCAGGGGUGGUGAAAUCCAUGGAUGCCACUCUGAAGAGCAUGAACCUGGAAAAGAUAUCUGCAUUAAUGGAUAAAUUUGAACAUCAGUUUGAAACACUAGAUGUGCAGACGCAGCAGAUGGAGGACACCAUGAGCAACACUACAACACUAACAACACCACAAAACCAGGUGGAUAUGCUUCUACAGGAAAUGGCAGAUGAAGCAGGCCUUGAUCUGAACAUGGAACUACCUCAAGGGCAGACAGGUUCUGUUGGUACAAGCGUUGCCUCAGCAGAGCAGGAUGAGCUGUCACAGAGGCUGGCCCGCCUUCGUGAUCAAGUUUAAGUUAAGCAGAGCUGCAGCCCUGGCUGUGCUGUCAGAAUACUGAAUACUGAGGUUUCCCCCCUGCGCUCGAAAGGUGCGCGCAGUGCGGCGUAGGUGUUCCAAUAUUUGUAACGUAGGGUUCUUCACUCUGAGCUUCUCCUCUUUCUAAUACAUUCAGUAAUCCAGAAGUAUCAGCUCUCUCAUGUCUUUUUCUGUACAUUUUGAAGUUGAUAUAUUUUUGGCAAGCUUUUUUUCACUGAAUCAAGUUGAUAUCCUAAGUCAGCCAGUAACGCCGGAGCAUUCUAGCUGAAAGGAAAGCAGAGUGCUAUUGAUAAAUAUUUUAAAUUAUGAAGUGAUUUUUGUUUUUUUUUUAAAUUAUGAGAACUGUUUGUGGUUGGAGAACUGAUACAUUCAGUUCUGAUGAUUGUAGUAGCCAACUUUCUUAUAUAGCCACGCUCCUGGAACCUUAGAGAUGGACAGUGUGGACUUCAUGCAAGUACACUUGUCAAAAUGAAAGAGUGGACUUUGGCCUGUGGUGGUUGUAAUAUUGUCAAGCUACAGCAAUGGUGCAGGUUCAGUUAAAAAUAAGUUACCAAAAGCUGUUUUCAUGUAAUUGGGAACUUGUACGGUUUGAUCACUUUAGUCCAGGAGGAAUAAAAUAUAUUUUUCAACUUGGUUGGUUCUGUUGAAUAUUUUAGCUUGCACAUUGUUUAAUGUUGAGUGCUGUAGCUUCUUCGUUUUGCUUUUCUCAGCAUCCUGUGGUGCAGCCAGUAGUGCCCACAGUCAUCUCUGCUUCCACCACCGUGGUGUGGAGCUCCUGCUCUCUGUUAUCCUUAGGCUCAAGCUGAGAAACCCCAUGUGAGAUAACUGAAGCCUGCUUUUCUCAUUCCUUGUCAUGCUUUCUCUCCAUUUAUUUUUCCUUUAUACGCAAGGAAAAGCACUGAUCGUAUCCCCCACUUCUGCCAUAUAAGAAACACCAAAGUGCUUUUCCUCAGGUUUGCAUCCUCACAGUCAUCCUUCAUGAGCCAAGAUCCCAACCUUGUCCUCUGCAACCAGGGCACACUCCUGGGUCAGCUUGCUUCCUCUGCUCGUUGCAGCUGGUCUGGUAUUGGAGAGAGCAAAGUGAGAACUGGGUGAGCAAGGGGGGCACAACUGCUGUGCCUCCACUCAGCUGCUGGAUGAAUGCAUUGAUUCUGUUGGGUUGAGAACAGCUGCCUUGUUUUGUGAGGUGUAAUAUUGCUCUCUGCAGGUGGGGUAAUGUGGUCCAUAACAUUGAAGUCAUCUAUGGAGAAGGUGGUUUGUUUUAGUUCAUCUCCUUACACUUCUGCACAGUGAGAGAUUCGGACUGCUUUCAGGAGCUUUCAGACUCCUGUGGCUGUGAAGUAAAGGAAUGGAGGUAGAAAUUCAUAGCAGAAACUACUUGUGGUGUGUUGUGGUAAGUGGUGAUGUUAAACAUUUCUUCCUGACUUUUUUGGAAUCAUUUUUUGUAGGUGUGAGGAAGAUGUGAAGCACCAUAGACUUAGAAUUACUUCUUAAUUCACCGGUGCUGAGGACCAUGCAGACUUGCCAGCACUGGGGAAAUGUUUCAGUUAAAAACUGCUUACUUUCUUUUAGUCAGCAGGAUUUUUUUUUCAGUGAAAAUGGGCAAAAAUGAGGAAACUGUGGAGCUGUUUCAAGCCAUUUUUGAUGUGCUGCUCAGUCGCUUUGGAGGCGUAGCAGGAUGUUACGUGCUGAGGUAUUCAGGGCACAAAGCAUGGAAAAUCAGAUAAAGCAACCUGAAAUGUGGGUUUGUAUCUCAGGCUGGCAGCCUGAAUUCGAGUGAUUUAAAUGUGCACUUUUCCUGUGUUUACACUUAAGUUCAGUGCAGCCUUCUUUCAAACACCUUUCAACAUUCCUCCUGCAAAUAGGAGAAGCUGGAAGGUAUUUUAGAGAUGAUACACUCUUAACUGUAGGUACAAUCCUUUAAAACCAUUAAGGUAAAUGUAUGCUACCCCUUUUUUCCUCCUAGCUACUCCUGAACAGCAUAACAAAAUGGCAGUGGUGUAUCUAUGCAACCAGGUUACCCACAGCUGUGGAAACUGGUGUGUGUGCCUUCAUCCUGGUGCACUUGGUGUACUUGUUGACACUCAGUUACUUCAGAUCUCGUGACAGGACUGGAAGCUGCUGUUGUGUAAUAAAUGCACUAAAUCUGAACGUGCUUUGCAGUUGGUUGUUGGUAGGGCUGUCCCAUAAGCUCAGGAUUCCUUGUGUUUGGCAACCUGCUGUGUUGCACAGAGCUGGGCAGACUUGGCUGAUAAAGCAAAGAAGGUUGGGACCAGAAGGAAUCUUUGCCCCGCUGAUUCAGCUUUGAGCAUUGCUGUGUGUGAGUGUUGCCAGCAUCGUGCACCAGUUGCUUCUGCUUGUAGAUCUGCCUUCUCCUGAGCAAGGAGCCUGUGUGUGUGAGCUGCCCUUCACCGCGUUGCAGGAGUUGCAUUUGUAAUGUCUGCAUGUUUCUCCAGUGUUUUGCAAGUGCUUAAAACUGGAACUUCAAGCAAUAUUUGACUCUGGUAUAAUUCUUCCAUUGGAGUUCUCCUGGAAAUGUCUGGUUUUUUUUUCUGACCCACUGUGGCUCCUUGCUUUUAUGUUCCUGGUGUCUCUUGGUGAUGAUGGUGUACUUCUGCAGCAGUCUGCUUUGUGUUAAAUAAAUUGUAUGAGCAUUUAUGCAACCUCUUUACCAAACAGUGCUUCAGUAUUUGUACUUAUGAGCAGGCACAUCUAAGGUGAAACGUUGCUUCAGGGUGGUUUUGCUCACUGUUUAAUUCCUGGUUUACUAUAGAAUGUGGUAUCUUUGUGUUAUGCUUCCUACUGCUCGUGUCCAGGCAGUCUUCAUUCAUUUGGAUUCCACAACAAAGCCAUGAAAAGAUCCAGCUGAAAGGAGAAGGGAGGAAAGGAAGGAAAAGAAAUCUCAGUGCCAAUGGGAGAAGAUCAUCACUCUGCCUUUGUGGAGACCCUCAGAGCCCAGAAAUUUUGUUACAUAUGGUCAGCAACGAUGUACAGAGACAAAUUCUGAAGUUGGUGACGUUGUAUAGAGAAGAGAAUAAUUUUUGUAGCUUGGCAGUGUUCAUGGUGGAAACGGCUUUACUUGUUAUGGGACAAUUUGUAACUGUAACUGCAACUGGUAAAUAAAACUGUACAGCCAAAUGACUUCA